GAGAAAUGUUGGGAAAAAUAUCCAGAAUUUUCUCUUCCAAUUAUUUAAUUCCACCAUUUCCACUUCAACUUCACUCUUUGACGCGCAUCUCACUUUAUCCACACCAAUUUCAAUCAAACUUUCUCAUACAGCUUUUCAGGUUCUUUCGAGUAACCAGAAAUUAUGGCACUAAUUGAGGAAAUGGGAGGUUUUGGAAGUUUGAUGAAUGAUCACGACCUUUUGUCUAAGAUAUUGAACCAGUUUACAAAGGGAGACAUGAAUGCUAAGGAUAGGACUACUACUCCUCUAGCUGACAUCCUUUCCAACCCCAAGGAGUACGUUUUCUACGUCGAUGUCCCCGGCCUCUCCAAGUCUGAUGUUCAGGUGCAACUGGAGGAUGAGAAUAUACUAGUGGUCAAGGCAAAUGGGAAGAGGAAGAGGGGAGAUGGAGAAGAGGAAGGUUGCAAAUAUCUCAAGCUCGAGAGAAGUCUUCCGCAGAAGAUGAUGAGGAAGUUCCGAUUACCUCAAGAUGCUGAUGCUUCUACCAUUUCGGCUAAAUGCGAAAAUGGAGUUCUUACUGUCACUGUCCAGAAGAUCCCACCCUCUAAGCCUAAGACUGUUCAAGUUGCUAUCUCCUAAAAUUUUCAUAGAGCAGCACGAAUUCGAGUAGGAUGUAAUGAGUUUGGAGUUUUAGAUUUGUAGGAGCUGGUAGAAUAAUAACUUUUGCCGUGUGUUUAGAUCAACUAUGGCUCAGGCAAAUGUUAGCAGUUGCGUGUUUGGCAUUUUGUUGAACUAGAAUUAAAAUGCCAUUUUCAUAUGAAAGGCAAAUUGUAAUUAGUAUCUACUGUCUUCCAAGUGCUAAUUAAUAACUCGUGUGUUUUAUUAA